AUGGCCCCCGGGGCAAUGAAGCGGACGGCUUCCCCCACUCGGGCUAUUUCCCCGCCUCCGCUUCGCCGCAAGGUUGAAUCAAGUGUCAACAAAAAAACAGUGAAUUCCUUCUUUGCCCCAACUUCACAAAAAAAGCCUGGGCCAAUUACAUGGCGGGUCUUGGAAAAGGGUCUGGUUAUCGGGAAACACUCGCCAGAAUCCAAGAGCACGACGCUUCCGUCGAAAGAUCGAAAAGUGGCCGCAUUUGAUCUUGAUGGCACAUUGAUCAAAACGAAGUCUGGAAAUAAAUUUGCUAAAGGCCCAGAAGACUGGAAAUGGUGGGACACCGGCGUUCCACGAAAAGUCAGAGAACUGAGUUCUGAAGGUUUCCAGAUCGUUCUCUUCUCGAACCAGUCAAAAAUCAGCCUGAAGAAAGAAAAAGGCGCCGACUCUAAGAGUCUUUCCAACUUCAAAGAGAAAUUGACGGCUAUCAUGACACAGCUGGAUCUUCCCAUGAGUGUGUAUGCUUCUACAGAAGCUACAGAGUAUCGCAAACCUCGCCCGGGAAUGUGGGCCGAGUUUAGGGAUGACCAUGACCUUGACGUCGUCGGUGUUGAUAUGUCGAAUUCGGUCUAUGUGGGUGAUGCCGCUGGACGGCCUGGUGAUUUCGCCGCGACAGAUCAUGGUUUCGCCGCCAACGUCGGCAUUUCGUUCAAGACGCCCGAGGAGUUCUUCCUUGGUCAGGAUCCGGUGGAGGCAUCGGGACUCUUUGAUCCUAAGGAGUAUAUUGAAACACAGCCCGAAACAGAAUUCAAACGCAAACAUCCACUCGAACUUGUUCUCUUCUGUGGUAGCCCUGGGUCUGGAAAGUCCACCUAUCAUUGGAACAAUCUUGAGCCCCUUGGCUACGAACGUGUUAAUCAAGAUAUCUUGAAAACUCGUCAGAAAUGCCUCAAGGUUGCACGUGAAUUUCUUGAAGCGAAGAAAUCCGUCGUCGUUGACAACACCAACGCAAACCAGGAAACAAGAGAACACUGGACAACCCUGGCAAAAGAGCUCUCUGUGCCCGUACGCGUCAUUCACUUCCUCGCCCCGCCAGAACUAUGCAAGCAUAACGCCACCGUGCGCGCUGCCAACAAAAUCCUCAACCCCGAGUCCAGAGCCUCGCUGCCGGGUAUCGCUUUCGCAGACUAUAAGCGUCGGUACCAGGAGCCUACGCUCGACGAGGGCUUUGAAGAUAUCCACCCUGUUCCGUUCCGGUUUGUUGGAGAUGAGGAGGCGAAGAGGAUUUGGGGUCAAUACUGGGUUUAG